UUCAUAUGUGACAACAGCACGUUGCACACACACGCAGACUGUCGAUACGGAAUGCCAAGCAACAAUCAACUUAUUCCGUAGUCGUGCAAUUGUUGACAUAAAUACCAUUGCGGUCAAUGCUGUAUCGACUGGUGUCAAACCUUGAAUGAAUGCUGCAACUCGCAUUUGUUUAUUGCGUUUUGCAUCGAAUGCGAUGUGCACACUCAAUAAACUUUAUGGUAUUCUGGUCAUAUUCCGUAUCAAUCUGCAACGGAUUACCAACAUCCAUACAAUCAACAACACGAUCAGAUUAUUAGUGGAUCAAUCUAUUGCUGUCAAACUUGUAGUCAUGACCCAACUCGGUACAAAUCAGGUCAAGUUUGAUCCAGAAACUCCAACAAAAAACAUCAACCCGACCACUGAACUGGCUGCUCGUCAACGGUUUACUGGUUAUAUGGGUUUAUUGUUGAUGGGUAAGCGUGUAAACUGUCGUACACGCAAUUUAUACUGCGAGUUGAUGGUCAAGUCUGACAAUCUGCAUUCAUGAACUUGUGUGCAAGCAGUGUUUUGUUGGAUCUCAAACAUCCUGCAACUCGCACAGUUGUUUGCACAGUUGCUCACCUAUCAAUCCAACUGGAUCUGCAACUCUGUCAAGCAAAUCCGUAGUGCAACCUGCUGAUGUUGAUGUGACUACAAUAAACACGAAACUCACCGAAAUAACACUUGCUGAUCUGACAGGUCAAUGAGUGACACUCUAACCAUU